GCUGCAGAGAGCAUUUAUUCAUUUAUUCACUGUCUCCUCCUGGGCACAGCAGCACGUCUGGUUUCUGUUUACUGAGUCCAGUCAGCAGCAUGUCUCCAGACCGAUUCAUCUGUUGCUUCUUAUCUGUUGUGUUUCUAUUGUUCAUCGUCUUGCCUGCCAGUGGACAUGAAGAUCCUAUUUUUAAAUGUCUUCAAGACAAUGACUAUGAUGAACUUCUUAAGAUAAUCAACAAAGGCCUUCCACCAGCAAAGACCUCUCACCGUGUGGCCAUCAUUGGUGGGGGCAUUGCUGGACUUACUGCAGCUAAGUACCUAGAGGAUGCUGGGCAUAAGGUUACACUCAUAGAAGCAAGUGGUCGAAUAGGUGGAAGAAUUAUAACAUACAGGAAUAAAGCAGAGGACUGGUAUGCAGAAUUCGGUGCCAUGAGGAUCCCAAGCUUCCACUGGAUUCUCCGAAAUUUCACAGCAAAGCUGGGUCUGAAACUGAACAAAUUCAUUGAAGAAGACAUAAACACUUACUAUUACGUCAAUGGCCUUCUUCACAAAACCUACAAAGUGAAACAGAACCCUGAUGUGCUAAACUACUCCGUAAGUGAUCAGGAGAAAGGAAAAUCAGCCAGCGAACUUUUCAGCCAAUCCUUGUGGAAGAUAAGAGAGUAUCUGAAGUCACAUGACUGUGAAACAAUGUUAAAAAAGUAUGAUGCAUACUCCCUCAAGGAGUAUUUGGUGAACGAGGUUAACAUGAGUAAAGGAGCCUUGUGCAUGAUUGGAGACAUCCUUAAUGAGAACAGCUUCUACUACAUUUCUCUCUUGGAGAGUCUUUACCUGCAGGCUGAUGUAAACGAUGAAACAACAUAUUUGGAAAUCACUGGAGGCUUUGAUCAAUUACCCUUAAAGUUUUAUGAUAUCCUCAAUGCCACAAUCCUCCUCAACUCCAAAGUCCUAGGCAUCAGUCAUACAAAUAGCAACGUGACCGUGUUUUAUGAAGAAAAGCACAGCUCGCUUUUGACCCAGCAAACAUUUGACUACGUCUUGGUGACGGCUACGGCCAAAGCAACCCUCUUUAUCAACUUCCAGCCUCCUCUCCAACACUGGAAGUUGGAGGCCCUGCGCUCAGUGCACUACGCUAGCUCCACUAAGGUUGUGCUAAGCUUUAGCCGUAGAUUCUGGGAGGAAGAAAGCAUUUUUGGGGGCAGGAGCAUUACAGAUUUGCCCUCGCGCUUUAUCUACUACCCCAGCCAUAGCUUCAAUGGAACAGGAGGAGCUCUUUUAGCUUCCUACACCAUCUCGGACGAAGCAGCACUCUUCCAUGGAAUGUCAGACGAAGACCUGAAGCUAGUAGUGCUGAACGACUUGAUGAAGAUCCACGGAGUGUACAUCCAGGAUCUUUACACCGGAGGUGUUGUGAAGAAGUGGGGGUCGGAUCCUUACAGCCUUGGAGCUUUUGCUAUCUUCACCCCAUACCAAAAAACCUACUACGGUGAAAAUCUGGCUAAGAAUGAGGGUCGGAUUUAUUUUGCUGGAGAACAUGUCAACAUGCCUCAUGCUUGGAUUGAGGGUGCUAUGAAAUCUGCCAUCAGAGCAGCUAUAAACAUAAACAAAGCUGAAUAACAAGAAACAGCAAAUAAUU